AUGGUAUAUCUCCUAGUCAUCCUCCUGAAUAGUUUGGUAAUUAUUUCUGAGAAUGGUUAUUCUAGGGAAAAUGCUCGGAAUAAUCUAGCGUUUAGCAUAUACUCAGGAGUGUAUAUCCUACUAUUAAUUCCUGUACUUUGUUUUAUCUUCCCGUUGUUGUGAUUUCAUGUAUAUUUGAUCAUGACCGAUCAAACUACAUAUGAAUACUAUAAAUCACAAGAACAGACUAAAGGUCCUUCGAACAAAAUGAAUCCUAAAACAGUUAAAAUCCAAGCUUACAAAAUUAUGAAUGCGCCAUCUGUUUUCAGAGCUAAUAUAAAUGAGUGAAAUCUUGUAGCGAAGCUUAAGAAAGAAACUUUUCAAGAAAAAGAGCCUCUCUGUAAUAAGGUAAACAAAGACUUAAUCGUUGAUUACAAGAACAUACAGGAGCCUCCUUCAGAACGUUUCUUUAACACAUAUGGACAAACUCGUGAAGAGACUAAGCAAUCUCUUAAUUAUAAGGAGAAUAAGAGGACUUCUAGGGAGAACUUCAACACUGAAAGUUCCCUAAAUGAUAAUAGCCAAACUAAAAUAAAUCUUAGCCACAUCUCAGAUAAAAGUGUAAGAAUGAAGGAAGUGCAUACCUCUGAUUCAAUGGAAGUCGGCUCAAAUAAGCUAAAGCUCAAUCUGAAGAUAUACCCAAAACCUAAAGAGCCAAGAAAUAGGAGGUCUUGUAAGAGAAGAAAUGGGACCUCAAAUCUGAAAAUCUCUAAUUUGAUAAAGAUAAAGGGGCAGAAUAGAAAUAUGAACAAUCUUCUGACUCUUCAGAAGAAACAAGGUGACUCUAGUCGACCAGAGUCUCCAUAUUUUAGCGCUGAGUGUAAAUAAUAAGAGAGUACAUGCUCAGAAAGAGCAUUCACAGAUAUCAAAUAACCCUCUUGCAUCUGCCACUGCAUUUCAACACAGCCAUGCCCAGAUGUACUCAGGUGAGGAAAGAAAGGAGAUGAAGAUAGAAGAUAAACCAGAUCUUUUCCGAACGCCUAAGGUACAGAUCAUUGGAGAAAGGUUAAACAGCAUUAGCAAAGAUAUCCUGAUUCCGACAACCCAAACUCCCUUAAAAUCCAGAAAUAGUGGAGUUUCUCAGGAUAUCAAAUGAGUAGUUGAACAAAGUCAGACUGCAUUCAUUAUCCCAGAGAAAAGAAACAGCAAGAUUAACUACAAAGGGAGGGAGAAUAUCUUUGAAGAAAGUGUUCGAGGUAUAAAUUCGAUCUCUGUUGGUAGAAAAACGUAUAAGACCCCUGUAAUCACUGAAAAUGCUAAUAAAGCUGAGCAUACAGAUAAUUUUCACCUUAAUACUGCUCAAAAACAAAGCUCUAGAAAAAUCAGCGUUGGUAUAGCUCCAGUCUCAGAUUUGAAUAACAACAAUUCUGACUCACUUCAUAUGGACAAAACUCUUUUAAAACCAGUCGAGCCACAACUUUCUCCACAUAACGCACAGAUAGUAUUUGCGAUUCCUAAUCGAUCCAACCUCGUCUCUGAUCUCCUUGAGAAGGAGCUUCGGUCAGUGGACCCCUUCAGUAGAGAAAGGAUAGUCCCAAAGGCUCAUAGAUAA